CGCAACAACAACUGCAAUAUGUUCAGCCGCUACCGUUAAUAAGCAACAAUCAAACGACAACUCCUGUUUACAAUCCUCAACAAUAAAUAAGAAUAAAAAUUCUCUUUCAUUAGAAUUUACACCAUUUAACGAAAUUACUCUAAAAUAUUAACAAAAUUCAAUAUUAAAUAAACCGUUAAAAUUUGAUCGUUGUUUAGCGGAUUUAGAACCAGUUCAUCUCACUGAUAUUAUUUACACAAUCGGAAAUGUUAAUUUAUCAACAUCUGAAAUAACUUUGUUAACUAAAGGUUUAAAAUUUAUUCCAAAUAAACCAUUUCAUUUAACAAACAAAUUUCGUCAAUGUACAAUGAAAAUGUUAUCAUCUUCCUUGUUGUCUAAUAAAGUUAACGUCGAUGAAUUUAUGUUAUCGGCCUUUUCAAACCGAAAAGAUUUCGUUUCAAAUUUGGCUAAAAAUGAACAAAUGGCAUUGUAUUUACUACGGCAUCAAGAUGACAUUAUCAUCCGUCCAGCUAAUAAAAAUGUUUGUAUAGUAGUCCUAGAGUCAUCAAUCUAUGAAUCAAAAGUGUUACAACAAUUAAAUGAUAGGAAUUUUCUUUGA